AUGGCGAUGCUCAAGGAGAUGUCGGCAGGCGGCGAGUCAGCCAAGUCUGAGAUGUCGCUAAUCGAGGCAUUUGAGCGCGCCAUCUCUAGGCUGGACACGGCGGAUGACAGCAGCUCUACAAAAGAAUCGGAUUAUGCGAGGUUCAAGAAAUGGGAAAUGCUGUGGAAGACGGACACGCCGGCACAAGAUGAGAGAAACGACAGGGGCCUUGAUGCGGCGCUGCCCAUUCCCCCGCACCCUGCGGGGUUAUGGAGGGGGAACCACGGUCAAGGAGGUCACGUCGCUCCUGGAGCAGGACGGCAGGGUACAGCGUCGCUGCCGCCGGCGAUGCCGUUCUUCGGUCUUGAUGGGAGCCUGUCGCCGAUGCCUCCAGCACUCGACGAGUUCUCGUCCAUGUUCGGAAAUGGUUACGUGCCGGGCUUCGAGGGCAUGGGUGGGGGAGUGAACGGAAACUGGAUGGGUCUCUGA